CCGCCUCGAAUUCAUUCAGACGGAUGAUGUCCAAAUAGCAUACCAGUACAAGUACGGGCAAUCUCUGGUCAGAGCUGAGGAGUUGCCUAAUCUAUCGACACAACUGCGAAGACUGCAUAAUUGGUACUUGGAUGCAUGUAAGGACGGUCAGAACUGGAUCAUGGUGGCAAUCAAAGAUGAGCACUACGGGCGAACUGACGUGAUGAACAUCGAAUUUUGUGAAUUAUUUCAGUUAUUCAAUCAAGACGCCCUCGACAAAUCUCUGCUCAGUGCCUACUGUCUAAUGAAGAUCCGUGAAUGCCGCAAGGGGCAAAUCUAUGAUCUUGGGUUCAUUGACCCAUAUACCGUGAAUGGGUAUACUGUCGACAACUCUCCCAAGGACACGGAGAAUAACUUGGUAUAUGCCUUAAGGAAAAACUCAUACAAAAGGGCAAUACUAUUUCCUUACAACUUCGCGUUUCACUAUAUCCUGCUAGUCAUUGAACCCGACACCGGAGUAGUAGAAGUCAUGGACUCGAAGAGUAAACCCCUUGAGGCGUGGGGGGACAUGGCUGAUAUCCUCCAGAAGGCUUGGACACGGUUCGCGAACAAGUCUCCGGGUUUACAGAAUAAAGAGCUUUGA